GCAGAAAACAAAACAGUGGAGAAAGGCGACAAACACUCGAUGAUGAUGACAGAGCCAAAGGCAAAGCAGGCGAAACGUGGUGGAGCCCCGGUGUGCUACAUUUCGCGGGUGGAGUCGUUCUCGGCGUGCCAUCGCCUACACUCCAUUCACCUCUCCGAUGAGGAGAACAAGCGCAUCUUUGGCAAAUGCAACAACCCAAACGGCCAUGGCCACAACUACAAAGUGGAGGUAACGUUGCGCGGAAGUGUUGAUCCUAAGACGGGCAUGGUCAUCAACCUCGUGGAUCUCAAGCAAUACAUGAAGAAAGCCAUCAUGGACACGAUGGACCACAAACACCUGGACUUGGAUGUGCCCUACUUUAAGCACGUCGUCAGCUUCCCUUCCAACCAUCCUCGCCCGUGACGCCCUUGCCUCAAGUCCCGCAUCCACUGCAUCUGUUGCCUUCUUUUUCAUCUGCUGCCAGCACGACGGAGAACGUGGCCGUGUUCAUUUGGGACCAGCUGCAGGAGAUGCUCCCGGACAACGCACAACUGCACGAGGUCAAGGUGCACGAGACAGACAAGAACGUGGUCGUGUACAGAGGAGAGUGAACCGCAAGCCACUUCACAAAGGCAAAUCACGUUAUGCCAGAUGUGGUAAAAUCUGUCGAUUAAUUGUAAAAGAUAUCAACCAAUCGUC